AUUUCGUCCGGAUAUGGUCACACUAUGUUCGGAUUACUGCAACUGGCGCAGCAAGGUCUCUUUUGAUCAAUGUUUACGUUUUUCAGCGAAAAAUUAGAACAUAGUUUAAAAAAGACAUAAUUAAGCCUUGGUCUGGAAAACUACCGUACAAAUGUCGCUGCUGGAUCAAUACGAGCAGCAGUAUGCAGCACUUAUAGCUGAAAUUACGGCCCAUAUUGGACGGUUGCAACAGCAGAGUAACAAUAGUGAACGUCAUGAAUUGUGUGGGAAGAUUGAUACUAGUCUUCCAGAGGCCCAAGAGCUUCUUGAGCAAAUGGGACUUGAAGUGAGGGAGCUGAAUCCUGCCCAACGAACCAGCUUCAAUGGGAAACUGCAGGUGGCCCAAGCGGAGUUUAAGCGUCUUCAAGCUGAGUACAGGCAAACGAGAGACAAACAGCGAUCCCAGGCGAAUACGUUUACAACGCUAGAUUUGGGUGACAGCUAUGAGGAUGUGUCCAUCAGCACGGAUCAGCGCCAACGACUGCUGGACAACUCGGAGAGGAUCGAAAGAACGGGAAACCGACUGACCGAAGGCUAUCGCGUUGCGCUGGAAACAGAGCAAAUGGGAGCACAGGUCCUAAACGACCUGCAUCACCAGCGGGAGACACUCCAGGGAGCUAGAGCUCGGCUAAGAGAAACCAAUGCGGAGCUUGGAAGAGCGUCCCGCACCCUUAACACUAUGAUGUUGAGAGCUCUCCGCGAAAAGGUAGUCCUUUACGGCGUAGGUGUUUGUUUUGUGGUCGCUGUUGGUGUGAGUCUGUAUUUAACCUUUGCACCGAGCUCUUCCAGCCCCGUCACUUUGUAAUUAACCCAACCCAAAAGCUAUUAACUUAUAGUUCAAUGGUAGCCCAAGCUUAGCGAAAAUUACGUUAGCCCAUUCCAGUUUUGUGAGGUGAUUAUUUAUUGUUUAGAAUACAUAUUUUAUCUUAAUGAGAUAUAAUGUGGAAGAAAGCUGUAUACUUACGCACUAAUCUGUUCUAGGUCGGGACUGAUCGUUUCACAAAGUGUCAUUGGUGUGGCAAAGUGUUUUUUGGAUUAUUAUCUUAAAUAUAAAUAUUCAAAAUAUUCCAAAAUAUCUCCUUAGCUCACUAAAUUAUUAUAUUAUAAUUUUCUUCAGUUAUCUAGUUUCUUAAUGCAUCCUUUCGACCAAUCCUACUUCAUGUUCUACGUAUAUGUAAAGGAGGAGCCUUCUAUAGCCAAUAAAUAAUUGUAAAUGUAAACGCUGAAAAUCAUCAUAACUAUGAUGAUCAUAAUAACCAUGUGAAGGCUCUCCUUAAUUUUUUGGCAUCUAGUGGCGCCAGGAUAAAAAUAUUUAAUUCUAUGACUCGUAUUCACUUUCGGGACGUACAUAUUUCAUGUAAAUUCGAAAUUAAUGUGUAUCUAAAAACCAUAAGCAUAGCCAAAAAGUGUUAAUAAAUAAACAAAACUAUUAAAAAUA